GUUAGGUGACAACAUAGUAACACUGCUGAAUGGCUUCUAUUCGUCUCUCCGUGCGUAUCUCAAGGCGAGGGGCUCGGUGGGUAAAUCCCUCCAUCCGUUGCGGACGUUCACCUGUUGACCUACUCGGAUCUUCUCUCUCCCUCUCCCACUUGCUCGGUGUCCUCCUCUGUUCCCACGUAACGCCACACGCCUGCGUUUUUUUUCUCUCUCGUUCUCCUUCUGUUCCCCGUAAGCAGCACCGCACAAAGCCAACAAUACGGAUAAUAUAUAUAUGUGGAAGAAUCGGACAGUGUACCCGACACUCAGACUACGCACACACACACAUACAUAGAAGUAUAGAAAUACAGAACACUUAACAAGAGAAAUCAAUGCCCUUCUAUAAUGUCACGGCGGACGAGACGAGGGCCAUCAGCGACUUCACGGAGCGGCACACGUCGCGCACAACCAUGACCUUCGUCGGAGGCCAAAAAAGUCCGGUGAGGACAAGGGAGGAGAACAUCGCGGAAUCGGCGACGCCGUACUUGGAUUACGUGGUCGGGGUCGUAGAGGCGGUGCUGAGGCGCCACGCUCUGACCUGCGUAGCACCGGAGGACUCAAACGCGGAAGAGAAGGCAAAUCAGCAGCAACAGUCGUCGCCAUACGAUGUUUCAGCAAGCACACACACAGGCGGUGAGCGACCUUACCCCUUUCCUUCUCUGUUCUUGCACACUCCACAACAACUCGUUGAUAUGCAGGAUGCAGUUGCGGGGUCAGGACGCACGCAGCAGCAGCAGCCACCACCUCCAUCAUCAUCGACAUCAACGUCAUCUGCAGCUGCCGCACCCCUUGGCGUCACACCGAGCCACGGCUGUGGUGGUGGUGCGUGGCUUUCAAGCGUGCACUGCACGCCGAACAUGCCACCUGUGGAUAUCCUGUACACGCAGUCCCACACGGGUGACACGAAGACAACAGCAGCGGCAGCGGCAGCGGCAGCGACCGGAGAAGGCGCAAGCGCGAUGGACGACUUCUCCAUGGUGCCAGCGCCCCUGCCUUGUGCAACGGCGAAUCUCUUCCCGCGAGAGUUGCGUCGCCACGCCGCCGCCAUGCUGCCAAAUCCGUCUCUCGACGCGGCACGGCGCAUGAUGAACGUCUCCCUCACCCCCGCGAAGGCGUCGGCGACCACCGCUGCCACGCAGCAGAUGGUGCAGGUGGUGCUACAGGGCGAGGCGGGCCUGGUCGUUGCCGCCCCGCCACCACCACCUCCUCCUCCUCCAGCCACUGCUCCACGCACCGGAGGCAGCAGCGGAGUCGACCCACCCGUGGAAACGGUGACCAAGAUGGACGAGGCGGUGAUGGAGACGCCCUUCCUUCUGAGUCCGGAUGCCACGUCGUGUGUGCUGGUGGCGUGUCGUGUGACGCUUCAUCCUGUGUGGCAACGCGCCGCUGAGACCUGCACCUCGCUGCCCGCUCUUCAAGCCGCAUUUCCAGGCGAUGCGAGCGCCCGCGCGGCUCUUCUGCGUGCCUGUCUGUGCACUUCCACCGCCUGCAUGAUUCACCUCGAUCGCACCGCUGGCGUCACCGCUGCCUUGCAGGAGAUGGUAUGGGCCGGCGCCCUUCCGGCCUUUGUUCACGCGGUGCAUGAACAUUACAGACGCAUCUACGCAACCUCCACGUUGUCCUCCUCCUCCUCGCCCGCAGGUGCGCUUCGCCUCCUUCACGAAACACUACAGGCAGUCUCGCGUGCAGUGGGGUGCAGCUCCGCGCCAUCCUCUGGAAGGAGCGCAGAGGAGGCCGGCGCGGCACUUCCUGCACCGGCGUCAGCGCCGCUGUUGCAUGUGGAUUGGUACGUCGUGGGCGGCAUUCGCAUGAAGGAGUGCGCGGCGCCGGUGCUGGCGGCCGUCUUUCGUGCCUUCUUUCCGCGUUCUCCCGCUCCUCCGCCGACACCGUCAUCACCCGCAUCGGCUGUUCUACUUCAAGAACAAGUGGAACUGCAGUCCGUACUUGGAUGCUCCGCUGAACCGGGAGAAGAGUUCGUGCUGCGUCUCGCACACCGGCUGCGGGAGGAGGGGCAGUGCUUUUGGUCCUUCAACACCACCUUUCAGCCCUGGUGCGUCGACCCAAACCCGAAGAAGCGCUACGCCUACCCCAUGACGUGGGGGCUGCUGCUGAGCGUGGCGACGGGGCACUGCUGGCCGGCCACGGUGCAGCCCGGCACUCGGAUGAUCCCGCUGCAGGAUGUGCGCGGUAUUGCAGCGCAGCAUGGGUAUCGCUGGAUCACGCCCCUCGAGUCCGACUCGGCCCACGACGCCGUGGGAGCCGGACCGCACCGUCAUCGCGAUGGACACGCAAGCAACGCGAAGAUGGACGAAAGCGUUAAGCACGGCCAGAGGGAGGGUGUGGCGGAGGUGUGCGAUGGCGGGCUUGUCGUGGUGUGCAACACCGUGCCAUCAGAGACGGUGGCGCAGAGGAUGAAUACGAUGGCCUCCGCAGUGCCGCCGGAGCAGCGCCUGUGGUCGGAAUUCCAGGUGUACAGGGGCAGCGGUACUUCUUCGCCUUCGUCGUCAAGGAUGUUGUUGAGCCUUGCCAGCUACGUACGCACAGCACUUGCGCGACAAGAAGCGUGGUGGGCGCGGCGUACCUCCGCAGCAACAGCGGCAGCCGUUGCACCGUCGCUGCAGCGCGUUCUUCCCGUGCUCCUUCGCCGUCAUGGCACGGCCAGCUCCACCGGUAGCGGACAAGACAACAAGAGCGAAGAGGAAGGUGGAAAGGAAGAAGGACUCCGCUGGGAUCGCCUGUCUGCGGAUGUCAUGAUGGAUGUUCUCUCACAGCCACAAAUCAACUUUCUGAGCUCCUCCACUACCCCGCACUGCGAGCCGCCUGACUUCUGCGAUCUGGUGCGCAAUCAGUUGCUGUGGCACGCCAGCGUGAGUUCGGCGGACGUCUUUGUCGAGGACACCGACGGCCUUUACGUCGAAUGA